AUGGGUUUAUCGCUUUUCCCGUUCAUGUUAAUUCGUUUGCUUUCAUUUUUCUCGCUGGUGCAUAUACUUAUGCUCGCUUAUGCUUCUUCUUUCACGGAAAUCCUUUGCCGGGAUGAUGAGAGUGCAGCCUUGCUGCAAUUCAAGGAAAGCUUUGUCAUCAUUAAUCAAUCCAAAUCUCACGAUCCUUCUGCUUAUCCAAAGGUCUCCUCUUGGACACUGGAAGGAGACAAUCGUGAUUGCUGCUUAUGGGAUGCAGUUGAGUGCGAUGAAGACACAGGUCAUGUCACUGGCCUCGACCUCAGUAGCGGUCGUCUCUAUGGUUCUCUUGCUCCCAACAGCAGCCUUUUCCGCCUUGUUCACCUUCAAAGCCUUAAUCUCGCCUACAAUCACUUUAACUACUCCCAAAUCCCGUCCCAGGUAAGUAAUCUUUCAACACUCGCGUAUCUCAAUCUCUCUGCUUCUAUGUUUUCGGGUCAAAUUCCAUUACAAAUUUCACAAUUAUCAAACUUGUCAUCCCUUGAUCUGUCCGACAACCAUGAUCUCUAUUCUGGAAAACAGCUUUUGAAACUCGAGUCUGGCCUAAUAAGCCUAGUUGGAAAUUUGACUCGCCUACAAAGGCUUCAUUUAAACUAUGUGAACAUAAGCUCUGUGGUGCCUCGUAUCUUGGCAAGUUUGUCAUCUUUGACGUCCAUCCAUCUUCAAUAUUGUGGAUUGCAAGGAAAUAUUCCAGUGGGCAUAUUUAAGCUACCAAAUUUGAAGGUUCUUGAUGUGGCUUACAAUGAAGGUCUCACUGGUUAUUUGUCUGAGUUCACAUGGAGUAGCCCCCUUGAGGUUUUGAACCUCGCAUACACAAGUUUUUUAGGUGAGAUACCCACUUCAAUAGGAAACCUGGGCUCCCUGAAUAAGUUGGAUUUGCGGAGUUGCAACUUUUCGGGGUUCAUUCCCUCUUCCCUCGGUAACCUCACAAGCCUCAUUUAUCUUGAGAUUUCAAAUAAUUCUUUCGUGGGUAAGAUCCCAUCAUCAAUUGGAAACCUCAUCCAACUCUCCGUUCUAGAUCUCUUCAUCAAUCAAUUGAUAGGUCGAAUCCCGUUUGAACUUGGAAAUCUAACACAACUAAGUUACCUUUCUCUAGGCUAUAACCUACUUGAGGGAGAAAUUCCUUUCCCUCUAAUGAAUCUCACGAAGUUAACUUCAUUAGAACUUGGGAACAACAACCUUCAAGGUCGAAUUCCAGAUUCAAUCUUUAAUCUCAAGAAUCUUAAACGCCUUGAUCUUGCUAGUAACACCUUUAGUGGCAGUGUGGAGUUUGGCAAGUUUGUUAAGCUCAAAUAUUUAACUAUUUUGCGUCUGUCGAAUAAUCAAUUAUCCGUAGAAGAUGCCAGUGCCAAUGCGAGUCUGCCGAAGUUCCAGCUUUUGGGAUUAUCUUCGUGCAACUUGAACAAGUUUCCAGAUUUCGUAAAAAAUAAAGAUCGAUUAGUGUGUUUAGAUCUGUCCUACAACAAAAUCCAUGGCAUGGUACCGGAAUGGAUCUGGGACACGAGCAAAUUGAGUCUUGAGUUUCUUUGCCUUUCGAACAACUUUAUAACAAGCUUGGGUCAACAUCCAAUGCCUCUUCCAUGGACUCGUCUUCGUGGUUUGGACCUCAGGUCUAAUUUGCUUCAAGGGUCACUUCCCAUUCCACCAGCCACCAUUUCUCAUUAUUAUAUUUCAAACAACUCACUGACUGGAAAUAUUUCGGAAUUGACUUGCAUUCUCACUUCUAUUCGAGUCCUUGAUUUGGCAAAAAACAACUUGAGUGGUUCACUUCCUAGAUGUAUGCAAAACUUUGGUGCUUCUCUCUUAGUGAUUGACCUGGAAAGGAACAAAUUUCGAGGAAGCAUUCCACAAACAUGGACACAAGGAACCGAGUUAAGGAUAAUCAAUUUCAGACAGAACAGAUUCCAAGGACAGUUACCAAGAUCGUUGGUCAAGUGUAUGAGGUUGGAGGUUGCUGACUUCAACAAUAAAUUGCAUGAUUUAUUUCCCUCUUGGUUGGAAAAUCUUCCAAAUCUAAAGGUUCUCAAUUUGCGCUCAAACGUACAACUUCCAUGGUCAGAUAGGAGCUUCGAAAGCUGGCUAUAA